AGUCCAUUUUGCAGCCGUUCCCGCCUCGUAAACGCGCGGUAACCGCGGCCGGAGGACUGGCGGCUGCGCGGCUCCCGGCGGCUUCCCCUCCACCGACCCCGGAGCCUCGUUUUGAUUACCAGUCACGACCUGAAGAAAAAACAAACGAAAACCUGAUUGCUUUGCCUUGGGAACCAGUAACCCUGACCAAUACUCCUGGCUUGCAAGUGACAGAGGAGAUGUGAUGGAGCUGCUUGAAGAAGACCUCACGUGCCCAAUCUGUUGCAGUCUGUUUGAUGAUCCCCGGGUUUUGCCUUGCUCACACAACUUUUGCAAAAAGUGCUUAGAAGGGAUCUUAGAGGGGAAUGUGCGGAAUUCCCUGUGGAGAUCCUCUCCAUUUAAGUGCCCCACGUGCCGGAAGGAAACUUCAGCAACGGGAGUCAAUAGCCUGCAGGUUAAUUACUCCCUGAAGGGUAUUGUGGAAAAGUAUAACAAGAUUAAGAUCUCUCCCAAAAUGCCAGUGUGCAAAGGACACUUGGGACAGCCUCUCAACAUUUUCUGCCUGACUGACAUGCAGCUGAUCUGUGGCAUUUGUGCGACUCGGGGUGAGCACACCAAGCACGUCUUCUGUUCUAUCGAAGAUGCCUAUGCUCAGGAAAGGGACGCCUUUGAGUCCCUCUUCCAGAGCUUUGAGACCUGGCGUCGAGGAGAUGCCCUUUCUCGCUUGGAUACCUUGGAAACUAGCAAAAGGAAGUCUCUACAGUUGCUGACUAAAGAUUCAGAUAAAGUGAAGGAGUUUUUUGAGAAGUUACAACACACGUUAGAUCAAAAGAAGAAUGAAAUCCUGUCUGACUUUGAGACCAUGAAACUUGCAGUGAUGCAGGCCUAUGACCCAGAGAUCAACAAACUCAACACCAUCUUGCAGGAACAGCGAAUGGCCUUUAACAUUGCUGAGGCUUUCAAAGAUGUGUCAGAACCCAUCAUAUUUCUGCAGCAGAUGCAGGAGUUCAGGGAGAAAAUAAAAGUCAUCAAGGAAACUCCUUUGCCUCCCUCAAAUUUGCCCUCAAGCCCUUUGAUGAAGAACUUUGAUACCAGUCAGUGGGAAGACAUAAAACUAGUGGAUGUGGAUAAACUUUCUUUGCCUCAAGACACUGGCACGUUCAUUAGCAAGAUUCCCUGGAGACUUUAUCCAUUAUUUGUGGUGGUCAUUCUACUUGGCCUUCUCAUUUUCUUCAGUCCCACCAUGUUCCUAGAAUGGUCCCUAUUUGACGAAAUCGCAACUUGGAGAGAGAAUCUUUCAAACUUUAGUUCCUACCUGCCUAGAUCAGCUGAUUUUGUAGAACAAUCAGUUUUUUACUGGGAACAGUUGACAGAUGGGCUUUUCAUUUUCAGUGAAAGAUUGAAGAGUUUUACUUUGGUGGUGCUGAAUAAUGUGGCAGAAUUUGUGUGUAAAUAUAAACUAUUAUAAAAUCUGUUUCAAGUACAUAGUUCUGUGUCUUUUGUUAGAAAUUGUUAGAAUAGAGUGAUAGUUCAGAUUUGGUUAAGAUUCCAGUCAGAUAUUGCCCUCUAAAAGUAUUCCUUUCAAAAAUAAUGUCUUAUACAUGUUGAAAUUAGGUAGCAUAAAGAUAAAAGUGAAAUUUAAUAGUUUAGUCUCCAGCCCUCCUUCCUUUUUAAGGUGCUUUUGAAAUUAGCAUCCUAUCCCCAGUAUUGGUUAUGUUUGUGCUAUGAAAGGAGGGGGUAAGAGAGUACAUGAUUUAAUAUUGUAUUGAUGAGGUAGUG